AUGGCCAUGUCGACGAACUUCUCGUCGUCGGUGUCUAGCCAGACAUCACAGGGCUCGUCUUCCGCUGCCACGACUCCUCUAGGCACUCCUUCAGGAGCUCCGCGCACAAAAUCAUGGCACGUCCCUGGGCCCUCGACGCGUUACCACAAGAGCGAGCACGCCAGGCCCAAACCCACUCCUCGAUCCAGCACAACCGGCCAACAUGUGCGUAAUCAGUCUUCACUCUCGACCCGCUCUUCGCAUACCGAAUCUUCCAACGUCGCUUCACCUCUGGCGCGUCUCAAUUUCUCUCGCGACUCGCCAAAGGACUAUUCCUAUACCCCAAACGACACCAUCAAACCGCGCAACAACCCUGCUACUCCUCUCCGCUCCCCUCAUCUCGCCAGUAACAACUUCAACAACCUGCGCUUCCAGGGCUCUCCCUUCUCCGACUACUUCACUGAUGACUCAAAAUCCGUCGAUCACAAUGCCCCCUAUCAUCCUUCCGACCCUGCUCAAAAGCUGUUGCUGCGCCUGAACAAUCUUGGUGGUGACAUCCUACGUCUUGGACUCCAGGAUGAUUCGCUCUCCGAAUUCAACGAGAAACUCUGUACCCUCGAAGCAAUGGUCAAUGACGGUGGUUUCAGCGAUGCAGGUUCCUCGAUUGAAGAGAGAGACCGUCGCAACUCUUUUCCGGGACGACUCUGCACUGAGGAUCAUUCUCAAGGUCACGAAGCUCGCGAACGUAUUCUGUCUCCUGAGCAUUCCAACAAGUCUCGGAUGUCCAACGUCUGGAUGGCCGACACCUGUGAGUAUGUCGACGGCUUCACUCAGACCAAUGAUGACUCCAAGCAUGGCCUUGCAAUUGCCUAUGCUGCUUCGGCUACACAAACUGAGGAAGAAGUCCAGAAGGAAAUGGCCGAGUCUUCUGUGUGGAUCAACAACUAUGCCGAUGUCUUCACUCAGACCACUGAUGACCGUCUUGUUGCUGAUUUGCAAGAAGUCGUCGAGCGUCUUGCCAAAGCGAACGAAUCCCUGCGCCAGCGUUAUGACCAGAGCAAGGAAGUUUGCGACACUCAAGCCGUACAGAUUGAAGAAUUGACCACUCAACUCAUGACUGUCAAGUCUGAGAACGACAGCCUGAAGCAGGACUUGGGCUUUGACCACUCAGAACUUUUGUUCUUGAAGUUGCAACUGCAAGCUCUCGAGGUGCAGAAGGAGAAUUACGAUCACAACAACCAUGUCCUACUCGCCGAAGACUUUGCUCAGUGGAAGGCUGAUUGGGACAGCGUUGAUGCUCGUUUACGCUCAAGAAGACAGAAGAACCGCGCCACAUCUGCUGACAUCAAGGACUUCCCUGGUCUUGAGACCGAGACUCCUAUCAACCCCGAAGACCAGGGGAACUGGCAGCUUGAAACUCGCAAGCACCAGCAUGGAAGAGUCAAGUCCAUCACUCUCAAGCGUGUUGAUGAGGCCGAGGCGCAAACCGAGGAAGGCGCCCUAAUAGAUUCACACUUUGACAUUCCUGCCUCGCCUGUUGUCAAGUCUGUCUACUCUGAGCAAUCCACCCAGACCGAAGAACAGCCUUCCGAGGACCAAAUCGUACAGACCGAAGUGGCGGAUCCUGUUACUCAGGGCACCCAAACCGAUUUCCAGCCCUCUUUCACAAAAUCCGAGAUCAAGUCUCAAUACACAGAGCCAAUUGAGAUUGUCCAUAUUGAAGACGAGGUCUCAGACGAGCUUGAGGACGAACCCGAGGAAGAACAAACUACCGAAACUCAAACCUCCUCGAGCCAAUCACCUUGCUGCGAAAAGGAGCAUCUGUGCACCGCAUGCGGUGAGAAAUUCGACUACUCGUCCGAAGACGACGAACCAAACUCCAAGACACCAUGGCAAGAGCUCUGUGAUGGCCUUGUCGCGUUCGCCGGUAUGCAACGCGAGUGA